UCGAUUUCCCCAUAGACCGUGUUUAGUCAUGCCAUCCUGGCAGGAACUUGUCGCUGAUAAGCAGCAGCGCCAGAAAGCUGCAAUACCGCGCGAGUGGCUCAUAACCCCUCCUCCUAACUCACAGCUUGAUGUAACCGAUGUCCCGCGCACAUGUGGUAUACUGACUCCACAAGAGCUUGCUAUAACAGAGACCGAAGAUGUCGCCGUUCUGCUAACCAAACUCGCAUCUGGUGAAUGGACCUCCGUUGAUGUAACGCGUGCAUUCUACAAGCGGGCUAUCAUUGCCCAACAAGUCACUAACUGUUUAACGGAAAUUUUCGUUGAGCGUGCUCUGGCUCGCGCAGCUGAAUGCGAUCGAUACCUCAAGGAGAAUGGAAAACCCAUAGGCCAUCUUCAUGGUCUACCAGUCUCGCUCAAGGACCAAGUUCGCAUCAAAGGACUCGAAACCACAAUGGGUUAUGUCUCCUGGAUAGGUGACUAUGCUGAACGUGACGCUACAUUGACUACUAUUCUGUACGAGGCAGGCGCAGUCCCUUUUGUCCGUACGAAUAUCCCACAAACACUAAUGUAUGGCGAAACCCAUAAUAGUAUCUUUGGGCGAACCGUCAAUCCGCUCAACCGCAAUCUGACCUGUGGUGGGUCCUCAGGCGGUGAGGGUGCCCUCAUUGCAAUGAAGGGUAGUCCACUUGGUGUCGGUUCCGACAUUGGCGGUUCUAUCCGGAUUCCCAGUGCAUUCUGUGGUGUCUAUGGCUUACGACCUUCAUAUAACCGGAUUCCUUACGAGGGUUCGGCGAACUCGAUUGAAGGGCAAGAUUCCGUUCCCUCCGUGCUCGGCCCACUUUCGACUUCGCUUUCAGGCGUAAAAGCGUUCACGAAAGCUGUCGUCGAUUUAAAACCCUGGGCGAAGGACCCACUCGCGAUACGGAAGGCUUGGGAUGAGGAUGCGUAUCAGCUCAAGGAACACGGAGAUGGGAAGGAUCUGUGCUUUGCAAUUCUCUGGAGUAACGGAAGCACACUCCCAACUCCGCCUAUCCAUCGUUCCUUGGAAAUAACGAAGAAAGCAUUAGAAACGCAAGGCAUAAAAGUAAUUGACUGGCCCGCGCACCUAUUUGACUAUGCCAGGCUAACACUACUUUUGGAAUACAUUUGGGGAGCAGGCUCGGCAGAAGACUAUGCUGCCGUAGUUGAAAAAACAGGCGAGCCUAUCCUUACAACGAUGGCACUCGACGGCGUUACAAUACACAACGACUGGUUUCCGGAAAUUAAGCCCUUGUCAGCAUUUCAGCUAUGGCAAUACCAGAAGGAGCGUGCGGUGUUGCGCAAGCAGCAUCUAGACCUUUGGGAAUCCACGCGAGAGCUUUCUGGGACGGGACGUCCUGUCGAUGCAAUUAUCUGCCCCGUCGCGCCGCUUGCAGCAGCUCCACAUGGAAAGAAUGUAGACUUCGGCUACACUGGAAUAUGGAACGGUCUUGAUUACCCAGCUUGUACCUUCCCUGUUUCCAAGGUCGAUCUCUCUGUGGACUUGAAGCAGCCACGAGAUACGUUUUUGAGUAAGGUUGAUGAGUUCGUACAUAAUAUAUAUGAACAUGAAGAAUGGAAGAACGCACCGACUGCCUUGCAGCUUGUAGGACGCACACUUGAGGAAGAGGCAGUCAUUGCCAUGACCGAGAUUGUCGAUAGGGCUCUCAAAGCAGAAAGGGUAAAGUGAAGAAAUAAAGAGAAAUCCCUUCGUUAACUUUAGCAUACACAUUCCAUGGAGGAACACAUGUACAGUAUCUGAAAUAAAUUCACUGCUUGUAGCAAUAUGAAACAGC